CAAACACUCACUCAAACCAAACCCCCCGAACCAAACCUGUCCUGACCCUGCUCAAAGCGCGAGAGAUGUGUGGUGGCGCGAUCAUCGCCGACCUCAUCCCAGCGGCGAGGCCGGAGCGGCGCGUGGCGGCGAGGCACCCCUGGACAGCCAAGAACAAGAGGCGGUGUAGUGACCUCGACAACGACGACUUCGAGGCCGCCUUUGAGAACUUCGACGGCGACUCCGAUGAGAAAGACGAGUAUGAGACGGAGGCCAUGGACAGCUACGACGACGAGGAGGUGGAGGCGGUGCUGCCGCUCGGCCGCAAGCCGCUCUCUCCCCUGUUUCCACAAGGGCGCCACGCCAACAAGAAGGCCUCAGGGCGGUGUGGGAGGGGCGCGAGGCAGUACCGCGGCGUCCGGCAGCGGCCGUGGGGCAAGUGGGCGGCGGAGAUCCGCGACCCCGUGCGCGGCGUCCGCGUCUGGCUCGGCACCUUCGCCACCGCUGACUCUGCUGCGCGUGCCUACGACGCUGCCGCUCGCCGCCUCCGCGGCGCCAAGGCCAAGCUCAACUUCCCGUCCUCCCCACCACUCCACCGCAAGAAACGCCGCGUCAACGCCGACGCAGGCACUUACUGGCCUUCCACCAAGAACGGUGCCGCGGCUUCUGCGUCCGCGUCCAACGAUGGCGCUGUGGCGCCGGCGCCGGCGCUUCUCGGUGAGCCUAUGAGCGUCGCCAUGAAGUGGCCGACGAGCGUCGUCAUAGAGGGGUUGUCUCCAGCCGUGGCGGCGUCCAGUAUUCCCGACGACCCGGAGGUGUUGGACCCGUACGACUUCUACGGAGAGCUGACCUCCUACUUGAACGGCGGCACGUACGAACCGCUGGAAAGCCUGUUAACCGGUGGCAUCGCCGCGGACGAGCUCGGUUCGAUGGCUCUGUGGAGCUUCGGCGAGGACGGCUCCUUCUGUUUCUGAUCCCGCGAAGGUCACGGCAGCAUAGCAGCAAUACGAACUUACGAAGCUUGUACAAACUUGUGUGUUCAGUUGCUUGUACAGAGGUCGAUGCUUUAGGAUCCGCGCUUCUAGUUCUGGCUGUGCCGUCAGGGGUUGUGCCGUCAGUGGCUUGUGCUGAAUUGCUUCUAGCUCUGACUGGUAUGAUGUAAAUUGUGGUCAAUUAUUAUGCAGUACUUCCAAUAACUAAUUGACUGUUUUCAGU